UGUGGUAUCUAUCUUUAUUUCUGUGCUUUAUCCUUUACUCUUUGUUACAGGCGAUGCGAUUUGUGUUGUGCAGGGGGGCUUGUUUUUAGUAGCAAGGUCAUUCUUUGUGUCAAAAAUCUACUUGUGACGAUUAAUUGGUUUUAAAGUAUUUACUAAAGUGGUGGAACAUUUAGUGCUCAUAAACAAUAUUUUAGAGCGCGUAUGUCUUGUGUAGUUUGUAGCUUUUAGAACAACCGUUUUUUGGAACGCUCCAAUGAGUUUAGGAGGAGGCCAAAACACCGAGGGAACAAAUGCAGGAGGAAUAUUCGUACAAUUUAAUCAAGAUUGCACUUCAUUGGUAGCUGGCAGCAGCAGUGGCUAUCAUCUUUUUUCUUUAACUCCUGAUGAUGGAAUUGAGGAGAUCUACGCUAGUCGUUCAGGGCAGGACACUUGCCUUGUGGACCGACUAUUCAGCAGCUCCCUUGUGGCGAUUGUUACAGUUUCGGCACCCAGGAAGCUGAUAGUCUGUCACUACAAGAAAGGUACAGAAAUAUGUAACUACAGCUACAGCAAUACCAUUUUAGCGGUGAAGCUGAAUCGAUCGAGACUGAUCGUGUGCCUCGAGGAGUCCCUGCACAUACACAACAUCCGCGACAUGAAGAUCCUGCACACGAUCCGCGACACGCCGCCCAACCCGCGCGGCCUGUGCGCGCUUUCGCCCUGCGUCGACCACUGCUACGUCGCGUACCCCGGCUCCAGCGCCGUCGGGGAGGUGCAGAUCUUCGACGCGGUACACCUGAACGCGAAAUGCGUGAUAAGCGCCCACGACAGCCCGCUCGCGGCGCUCGCGUGGUCGAUGUGCGGCCGCCGGCUGGCGACCGCGUCCGAGCGCGGGACCGUGAUCCGCGUGUUCGCGGUGCCCGAGCGGACGCGCCUCUACGAGUUCCGGCGCGGCGUCAAGCGCUGCGUGUCGAUCGCGUGCCUCGCGUUCAGCGCGUGCGGCGCGUUCCUCGCGGCCACCUCCAACACGGAGACCGUGCACGUGUUCCGGCUGCAGGACGGGGCCGGCGGGGCCGGGGACGAGGCGGGCGCCGGCGAGGGCGAGGAGGCGGCGGGCGCGGGGGGCGGCGCGGGCGCGGCCGAGGGCGGCGGCUGGAUGGGCUGGCUGGCGUCCGCCGUGUCCGCGGGGGCGGGGUACCUGCCCGCGCAGGUGGCCGACGUGCUCGCGCAGGGCCGCGCCUUCGCCGCCGCGCGCCUGCCCGCCACCGGCCACCGCGCCGUCGCGGCCAUCACCAACGUCGGGCGGGCGGCGCGGCUGCUGGUGGCCACUUCGGCGGGCGUGCUGUACGUGUACGCGCUGGACGCGGCGGAGGGCGGCGAGUGCGCGCUGCUGCGGCAGCACGCCUUCGUGGAGGCCGCGGGCCCCCACGCCCCGGCCCCCGCGCCGCACGAAGAGUCGGAGCGCGCGGGGGAGCUGGGCGCGGCGCUGGAGGGCUCCCCCCCGCGCGGGGGCUACGACCUGCGCGACCCGCGCCACUUCCCGCCCAUGCCCGCGCGCGACCCGCGCGACCUCUAGGCGCCGCCGACGGACCCGUGGACCCAACAAAAAAAUUUAAAACUGUAAAUGUAUUAAAAAAAAAUGUAAAGAUUUUAAGCUCCUAUCGACGGGCGCGGAGCCGUCUUCCUUUCGUUCUGGAGUCGUUUCCCGGCGCGCGUCCGCCGACUCGAUCGUGAGGCAGAGAAGACUCCGGUACGUCAGGACGUCGGGAAGACCGCCCCGCGCCCCGGGCCCCGGUGUACAUACUUUGUAAACUAUAGAAGCUUUUAUAUUAUAGUAGGAGGGGCGGGGCCCCGCGCGCCGCAUCCUCGUCGUCGACCGGGCGCUCGCUGGAGGAUCUAGUCCUUCGAAUCGAUUGAAACGUAUUUUACAUAAUAAAUAUGUAUCGUGUUAAUAUCGCGGGCGCGCGGGGCGCGGGCCCCCCCGGGGCGAUGCGCGCGCGCGCGUAUUGUUUUAUGGGAUAUAUCGUAUUCGAUAAUCGAGCGUUGGCUCGCAUUAACGAUUUUUUGCCUCCAUGAAAAUUACACUGUGUGACGAAUCUCCCGCGUUUUCGAUCAUCGAAAUUUCCCUCGUCUCGACGCGACGACGGAACGGUGCCAUUUAUUUCAAUUUAACCAGUUGAAAUGUUUGUGAUAUUAUUUUAUAGAAAAAUUGAUUCGCCGUAGAACGAUACGCGCGGGCCCGCGUCGCCGAGGCCGAGCCCGCGCCCACGCACACAUGCGCGAGUCUGGUCGCUGCCGUGUGUGUGCGUGUGUGUGUGUAUGAACUACCGAACUUCCGAUAAGCGCAUAUUGUAAAGUGUGUAACAGAUAACAGUUGCCCCGGUCGCGUGGACGCGCGGCGGACUCGGCCGCGAUCGUAUUGUGAUAGUCGGUUAAGAGCGAUAGUAUGCGUCUGUAGAAUGUGUGAGUUAGUUUUAUGUAAUAUAAUAUGUAUUGUGAUAGACGCCGCCGCUCGCAUCGAUAUAAUUUUUAUUAAAAAAUCAAUAUGCUUUUCCACUAGAGAAGUAAUCAAAUAAUGCGCAAUGGUAAAUACUUUAUUUCACUAGUAUCGAAAAUGAUUUAUGUAAUUGUUUUUCCUUUCGAUGUCAACUUAUGCUCUUCGCAUGUCUAGUGGAAACGCAUUCUUAGAACUGUUGUUCUAGUAAAUAUUAAGUCCAGUACACGUUGUUCAUUCGAGCGGAUGCGGCAGGUCACUCAGCAAGACAAACGCAGUGCACGCGCGCCUUUAGAACUCUGCCCCCCCCCCUCUCCCCCUCAGCUCAGCUAGCGACAUCUGUACUCAGAUUCGUUCAAUUUAAUCAACUAUAUUUAGCAAGAUAUUAAGACGAUACUCACUUGUGAUUUCCUUGAUUCUGUAUUCGGUAAGGGGCGUUGUUCGCGGCAGCUUCGCGUCCGACCAGACUUAGGACGCAGUACACAAAUUGACUAGUGAUUUGACAAUGUAAAAUGUACGUAGCUAAUUUGAAACUAUCUAUAUUGUAUUUGAAUGAGAGCUUAUUUUUCUUCACUUCACAUCAUAAUAUUCACAAUUUUUAUAUCAUUUAUUAGAACAGUUUUAUGUGUUAAUCUCUGUGCCCUCGUGUCGUGUCCAUUUGCGAUGUAGACAGAGAUUGUCGAGUCACAGAUAUGUUAAGACAUAGGUACAUGUUUUGCCUCCACUUCAUUUCACUUUUCGUAUGAACCGUUCUUUAUGGUUUCUGACGUCACCCUCCGACAGCACACGAUCGUGACGGGUGUUCAUGGCUUACCCGAGUUUCUCAUUGUAUAUCACUUUCAGCUGUUCUUUUUUUCAUGUCAACUCUUUCAUUGAGCGCGUGCGUAAUGAAGAACAUUACUCCGCAAAUUCAACAUCACGAACGCAUCUCGACUUUUAUCGUUUUAAAUUUGGAUAUCGCCACUCGUCCCGUGAUUAUAUGGUGUUAAGAAAAUUGAUUUUGUAUAUUGUUAUAGCUUCAUACAAUCUAGUAAUAUGUAUAAUUGUAACCGUGGAUUUUGUGAAAUGUAGCUGAAAGUGUUAUUGUAGUGUAACUGGGAGUUACCUCCGGGGUCAUUUAUCAGUACCUAUCUAAUUGGUACAGUAACUGAACAUAUCAAGUAUUAUGUUUCAAAAAUCUAAAAGUAAUUUUUAAUGCCACAUCAAAAUCUAUACGACAUAUGACACUGGCGAGUGUUCUUAAACGAAACGACCUAUUAAUAGGAAAAUAAGUACCUAUUGUGAUGGUAUCGAAGUUUUGAAGAAUAGACUCUAUAUUCAAAUAGUUUCUAAUUUAUAUUUUUAACGGUGGACAUACAAUUGAUUUGUUUAAUGUGAAUUCAUAAUGUUGUAUGGUAUUGUAAUGGACGUGCUGCUCUCGGUUUAGGCUAAUCUCUCUCGUGUUACAUUUACUGAUCGCAUGUACAAGAGCACGCACCCACCGCAGCCGUCGACCUGCGCGCUGCUAAACACUAAAUUGUAUAUAAUUAUAAUGAAUAAAUAUUUUUAC